AUGAUAAGAAAAAAUCGUUCAGCUGUAACACCCUUUCGGUGCCUAGCUGCCAUGCUGGCCGAAGGAAGCACGAGGGCCAGGUCGCCCAAGCCUAGACAAGGAAAGUUGAGAGGCAGAGGUCGGGUUCGAACUAAAGACCUUCCGUUCGAGCCCGUGAUCUCAAAGCAACCUGUAGAUUCUAAGUCUUCUGAUGGACUUAGUACCAACCUUAAACCGAAAUCGUUCAGCUGUAACACCCUUUCGGUGUCCGGUCGCCAUGUCACCCGAAACAAGCACGAGGGCUCGCAUACUUCCAGGUUGCCCGAGGCUAGACAGGAGAAGUCAAGAUGCAGGGGUCGAGUUCGAAUCACAUACCUUCCAUUCGAGCCCGUGAUCUCAAAGCAACCUGUAGAUUCUAAGUCUUCUGAUGGACUUAGUACCAACCUUAAACCGAAAUCGUUCAGCUGUAACACCCUUUCGGUGUCCGGUCGCCAUGUCACCCGAAACAAGCACGAGGGCUCGCAUACUUCCAGGUUGCCCGAGGCUAGACAGAAGUCAAGAUGCAGGGGUCGAGUUCGAAUCACAUACCUUCCAGUCAUGAUUUGGAGCUUGGGCACUGUCGAAACCGCUGAUGGUUUGCCGCCACCAACAAGCAAACUGACAAACACACGCAAGAGAAGCUUCCAAGAGGGCGAGGUGGCUCAGAGGCUAGAGUGUAAAUUUACUGACUGGAAAGUCCGUGGUUCGAACCCGACCUCUGCCUCUCGACUUCCCCUGUUUAGGCUUGGACAACCUGGUAGUAUCCCAGCCCUCGUGCGUCCCUCGGGUGGCAUGGCAGCUAGGCACCGGAAGGGUGCCACAGCUGGAAGGGGGACAGUGACUAGACAUCACUCUGGUUCGCAAACGUUGAGAACUGAUAAUAAGAACAUCGCGUGUAGCCCAAGCUUGUCGCAUCUUGUGAACGGUGGUGACCAAGUUGGUCGACCGAUCAGUCAAUUUCCCGUAUGCCCAUUCAUUCCCAGCCAAUUUGUUGCAAACCCAAGACAGUACUGA